UAUUUGGCCUACAAAAUCACAAACUGGACCGGACUGAACACAACCAAAACUAGACUGAACCUUUACUCUUUCCAAGCACACCAACACCAGUGACUCUCUCUCUCUCUCUCUCUCUCUCUCUGUGUAAAUUGAGAAACAAAACUCCUUGACAAAUCCACCAUAGGCUCCCACUCUCUUCUUCUCCGACAAUCAACUUGGGAGCUUUCUAUGGCACUUCAGUUGCAAGUAUCUCUAAGCACUACUACCUGCUCCAACUCCUCCUCCUCCUCCUCGUAUCGUUCACCGCCGUCGUCAUGGCCCACAAAGCAGCGUUCAAUUUCUGAUCAGGUGGGUUUCGUCGGGGCCGAAAAGAGGAGAGAGAAAAUGGGCGUGAGAAAUGUUGGGAUGAAGAGGCCGGUGAGGUGUAGCCUGGACACAGCCGGUCCGGUGGUAACGAUGGGUCAGGUGACGGAGGUGUGCAAGGACACCUUUUGGCCGCUCGUUAAAGCCGCUGGGGAUAAGACCGUUGUUGUCGACAUGUAUACCCAAUGGUGUGGUCCUUGUAAGGUGAUGGCUCCACAAUAUCAGCAGCUAUCUGAAAAGUAUCUCGAUGUUGUCUUCUUAAAGCUUGAUUGUAACCAGGAUAACAAGCCAUUAGCGAAGGAGCUUGGAAUGAAGGUGGUUCCGACGUUCAAGAUUCUUAAAGAGAGUAAAAUUGUUAAAGAAGUCACUGGAGCCAAAUUUGACGAUUUAGUUGUUGCAAUUGAGAGCGUUCGAUCCAGUUGAUAUUGUUUGGUUCCUCCUGUUGUAUGACAUAAAGAAAUUGUAAGCUAUUAUACACUCUUGCAGUAGUUGUUUAUGAAGGGAAGUUGCUUUGGAGAAAA